GGCUGGCUCGGAUGCGGACGCGCUGCUGGCGGCGAAGGCGGUGCUGUCGGACCCGGCCGGCGCGCUCGCGUCCUGGACGAACGCCACCAGCACCGGCGCCUGCGCGUGGUCCGGCGUGACGUGCAACGCGCGCGCCGCGGUCAUCGGCCUCGACCUCUCCGGCCGCAACCUCUCGGGCCCGGUGCCCACGGCGCUGUCCCGCCUCGCGCACCUCGCGCGCCUCGACCUCGCCGCGAACGCGCUCUGCGGCCCCAUCCCGGCGCCGCUGUCCCGGCUCCAGUCCCUCACCCACCUCAACCUCUCCAACAACGUGCUCAACGGCACCUUCCCGCCGCCGCUCGCGCGCCUGCGGGCGCUCCGCGUGCUCGACCUCUACAACAACAACCUCACCGGCCCGCUCCCGCUCGCGGUCGUGGGCCUGCCGGUGCUCCGCCACCUCCACCUCGGCGGCAACUUCUUCUCCGGCGAGAUCCCGCCCGAGUACGGCCGCUGGCGGAGGCUGCAGUACCUCGCCGUCUCCGGGAACGAGCUGUCGGGGAGGAUUCCUCCGGAGCUCGGCGGCCUCACCACCCUCAGGGAGCUCUACAUUGGCUACUACAACAGCUACUCCAGCGGCCUACCCCCGGAGCUCGGCAACAUGACGGAUCUCGUCCGCCUCGACGCCGCCAACUGCGGGCUCUCCGGCGAGAUUCCGCCGGAGCUCGGGAACCUCGCCAACCUCGACACGCUCUUCCUGCAGGUGAACGGGCUCGCCGGCGCCAUCCCGCCGGAGCUGGGCCGGCUCAAGAGCCUCAGCUCGCUCGACCUGUCCAACAACGCGCUCACCGGCGAGAUCCCAGCGAGCUUCGCGGCGCUCAGGAACCUCACUUUGCUCAACCUCUUCCGCAACAAGCUGAGAGGCAGCAUACCGGAGCUCGUCGGCGACCUGCCCAGCCUCGAGGUGCUGCAGCUCUGGGAGAACAACUUCACCGGCGGCAUCCCGCGCCGGCUCGGCCGCAAUGGACGGCUCCAGCUGGUCGACCUCUCGUCCAACAGGCUCACCGGCACCCUCCCGCCGGAGCUAUGCGCCGGUGGCAAGCUGGAGACCCUCAUCGCGCUCGGCAACUUCCUCUUUGGCUCAAUCCCUGAACCACUGGGGAAAUGCGAGGCACUCUCCCGCAUCCGCCUCGGCGAGAACUACCUGAACGGUUCCAUCCCGGAUGGUCUCUUUGAGCUGCCGAAUCUGACGCAGGUUGAGCUGCAGGACAACCUCCUGUCCGGCGGCUUCCCGGCGGUUUCCGGCACCGGUGCGCCGAAUCUGGGGGCGAUCACUCUCUCCAACAACCAGCUCACCGGCGCACUGCCGGCGUCCAUCGGGAAGUUCUCAGGUUUGCAAAAACUGCUUCUCGACCAGAAUGCAUUCACCGGCGCAGUACCGCCGGAGAUCGGGCGGCUGCAGCAGUUGUCUAAGGCUGACCUGAGCGGCAACACGCUUGACGGCGGUGUGCCGCCAGAGAUCGGGAAGUGCCGGUUGCUCACCUACCUGGACCUCAGCCGGAACAACCUGUCCGGGGAGAUACCGCCGGCCAUCUCCGGCAUGCGAAUCCUCAACUACCUGAACCUGUCCCGGAACCACCUCGGUGGAGAGAUACCGGCAACCAUUGCUGCGAUGCAGAGCCUCACGGCCGUGGACUUCUCCUACAACAACCUGUCCGGGCUCGUGCCGGCGACUGGGCAGUUCAGCUACUUCAAUGCCACAUCCUUCGUCGGCAACCCGGGGUUGUGUGGGCCGUACCUUGGACCAUGCCAUUCUGGCGGCGCCGGCACGGGCCAUGAUGCACACACCUAUGGCGGCAUGUCCAAUACCUUCAAGCUGCUAAUCGUCCUCGGCUUACUUGUCUGCUCCAUUGCGUUUGCUGCCAUGGCGAUCUUGAAGGCCCGGUCACUGAAGAAAGCCAGCGAGGCACGCGCUUGGAGGCUCACUGCGUUCCAGCGCCUCGAGUUCACCUGCGACGACGUGCUAGACAGUCUGAAGGAGGAGAACAUCAUCGGCAAAGGUGGAGCCGGGAUCGUGUACAAGGGGACGAUGCCGGACGGUGAGCAUGUCGCAGUGAAGCGGCUUUCGUCGAUGAGCCGUGGCUCGUCACACGACCACGGGUUCUCUGCAGAGAUACAAACCCUCGGGAGGAUCCGACACCGCUACAUCGUGAGGUUGCUCGGCUUCUGCUCGAACAACGAGACGAAUCUCCUGGUGUACGAGUUCAUGCCCAACGGGAGCCUGGGGGAGCUGCUCCAUGGCAAGAAAGGUGGCCAUCUCCACUGGGACACUCGCUACAAGAUCGCCGUCGAGGCCGCCAAGGGGCUCAGCUACCUGCACCACGAUUGCUCGCCGCCGAUCCUGCACCGCGAUGUUAAAUCGAACAACAUCCUGCUUGAUUCCGAUUUCGAAGCACACGUUGCUGAUUUCGGGCUCGCCAAGUUCUUGCAGGACUCUGGCGCAUCACAGUGUAUGUCUGCCAUUGCUGGCUCCUAUGGCUAUAUUGCCCCAGAGUACGCAUACACCCUCAAGGUGGACGAGAAGAGCGACGUGUACAGCUUCGGCGUGGUGCUCCUGGAGCUGGUAACGGGAAAGAAGCCGGUAGGCGAGUUCGGGGACGGCGUGGACAUCGUCCACUGGGUCAGGUCGACGACGGCGGGCGCGAGCAAGGAGCAGGUGGUCAAGGUCAUGGACCCCAGGCUGUCGAGCGUGCCGGUGCACGAGGUGGCGCACGUGUUCUGCGUCGCGCUCCUCUGCGUGGAGGAGCAGAGCGUGCAGCGCCCCACGAUGCGGGAGGUGGUGCAGAUGCUCGGCGAGCUCCCCAAGCCAGCCGCUGCCGCUGCAGCUGCAGGGCAAGGAGACGAGGUUCCCGGCAGCGGCGACGGCGACGAAUGUUCCGCCGCGCCGUCGGGUGCUCCGGCAGCUGAUGAAUCUGUUGAAGCGCCGCAUGGCGAAGCCACCAAAGAACCGAGCUCACAGUCUUCGCCGACCACUGAUCUCAUCAGCAUCUGAGAGCUGUGUCGAGCUUGUUUUUUUUUCUUCUCGUUGCUAUGUUUCCUUCCUUCUCCUUGCGAAGUUCAGAUGUUUGGAUGUUUCUAGAUUAUUAGGGUUUGGUGUUUUAGGUCUCACCUGCACUUAGGGUGGUCUCUGAGAUUCAGACAUCUUGUGUUCAUCCAUCUUCAUUUAGGUAGGCCCCGGGAUUCAGACAUCUUGUGUUCAUCCAUCUUGUGUUCAUGCAUCUUAGCCUCACUUAGGACACUGCUGUGUACAGUAGUACAUAUCAAGCUCCCUAAAUCUCCAUUUUGCUGUCAGAACUGAAGGACCAUUUAGGGGGGGAUUAAGGAGCCUAGGAUUAUGGAGCAGUCAAGGUCGUUAAUGUUGCUGUUUGUACUUGUGUUAAUAAGGUGGGCAUUGAUAUGUUGCUGUA